AUGGCAACUGAAUUAAUCCCAAAGGGCCACCCACAAAUUGAAUGGCUCAGCAGCAGGAACUGGACGACAACAACAACAACAAACUUUAUUCUCAUGGGUCUUCCACAUGUGCCAGAGAUGGGGACAUUGCUCUUUUUGCUGUUUUCGAUUAUCUACCUCUUUACCUUGAUGGGGAACUCUCUGAUUUUUGUGACCAUCUUGGUUGACUUCCGACUGCACAAACCAAUGUACUUCUUUUUGGGGAAUCUCUCCUUCCUUGACUUCUGGUUCUCCACCGUCACUCUUCCAAAGAUGCUUCAGGGUUUCUUGGAGCCAGGAGGCACCACCAUUUCUUUUCUGGGGUGCCUCGUUCAGCUGUUUUUCUCUCAAAUGCUGGGGAGCACUGAGUGUUUCCUUUACACUGUCAUGUGCUACGACCGAUACGUGGCCAUCUGUCACCCGCUGCACUACAGCUCCAUCAUGGACAAGAUGACGUCUCUCCGGCUGGCUGCUGCCGUUUGGCUUCUGGGUUCUCUCCAUUCUCUUCUACAUACCUCCUUGGCAUUCAACCUGCCCUAUUGUGGACCUAAAAAAAUUGACCAUUUCCUUUGUGACCCAACGCCCCUCUUGGAGCUGGCAUGCGCCAACACAAGCAUCAACGAAACCAUGAUCUUCUUCGGCAUUGGUAUGGUAGCCUCUGCCUCCCUCCUCCUGAUUCUCCUUUCUUAUGCGAGUAUCUUCAGGGUCAUCUUGAAGAUUGGCCACUCAGAAGGAAGGUACAACGCAAUCUCCACCUGCGCAUCCCAUUUCACUGCUGUGAUGUGCUUCUACGUCCCUUGCAUCUUCGUCUAUCUGCGGCCGGGCUCAAAAAGUACCUUGGAUAAGAUUGUGUCUGUUUUUUACACAGUUCUCACCCCUAUGUUGAAUCCACUGAUCUACACUCUUAGAAACAGAGAAAUGAAGACAGCUUUGUUCAGACUAAAACACAAAA